AUUUGGUAGAUUACUGACAGGUAAUUCAUGGAAAUUUUGUAGAAAACUCGUGUAGUAUCAUGGCUUGAUCCAUGCGUGUUAAGCGUGUUUCUUUACUGGUUCAAUCAUUAGAAUCUGAAUAAUAGAUAAUAUAAUGUCAUCAUCUCAGAAAAUAAGCGGACCUUGUGUCGGUAUCGACCUUGGAACAACGUAUAGCUGCGUGGGCAUAUAUCAAAAUGGCCGCGUAGAGAUUAUACCUAACGACCAGGGAAAUCGUACGACGCCAUCCUAUGUAGCUUUUAAUGAAACGGAGCGUUUUAUUGGGGAUGCGGCUAAGAAUCAAUCGGCGAUGAAUCCCAACAACACCGUUUUUGACGCCAAGCGUUUAAUCGGAAGGAAGUUCGACGAUCCAGAAGUGCAACACGAUAUACCGCACUGGCCAUUUAAGGUGGUGAAGGAUUCGAGCGGGAAACCGUUGGUUGAAGUGAUGUACAAAAAUGAGGUAAAGCGUUUCACGCCUGAAGAGAUCUCAUCGAUGGUCCUCACAAAGAUGAAGGAGACGGCAGAGACGUUUUUGGGUACCACGGUCAACGACGCUGUGGUAACGGUGCCUGCCUAUUUCAAUGAUUCACAGCGUCAGGCGACCAAGGACGCCGGGUUGAUUGCUGGUUUGCAUGUACACAGAAUUAUUAAUGAACCGACGGCGGCGGCGUUGGCAUAUGGUCUACAGAACGAGAAGGACGCGGAAAGGAAUGUAUUGGUGUUUGAUUUGGGAGGUGGAACUUUUGAUGUGUCCCUGUUGACAUUGGACGGUGGCGUGUUUGAAGUGAAGGCGACUAGCGGAAACACUCACUUGGGAGGCGAGGACUUUGACAACCGAAUGGUACAACACUUUGUCAAAGAGUUCGAGAAGAAGUAUCACCAGGACAUUAGCAAAAAUGCUCGAUCUCUCCGUCGUCUAAGAACAGCAUGUGAAAGGGCCAAGAGAACUUUGUCAUCUAGCGCGCAGGCGACCAUUGAAAUUGACUCUUUGUAUGAAGGGCGAGACUUCUACACGUCAAUCACACGUGCCAAAUUUGAGGAUUUGUGCAUUGACUUGUUCCGUGGAUGCAUACCUCCAGUUGAGAAGGUGCUCAGAGACGGGAAGGUUGACAAAGCCUCUGUACACGAGGUGGUGUUGGUAGGUGGAUCGACGCGUAUUCCAAAAGUUCAGCAACUGUUACAAGACUGCUUCAAUGGAAAGGAGCUUUGCAAGUCGAUCAACCCAGACGAGGCUGUCGCGUAUGGUGCCGCCGUUCAAGCUGCCAUUUUGUCCGGAAAGAAGGACAAGAUGUUGGAUUCUGUCAUUCUACUUGAUGUCACUUCGCUGUCACUUGGUAUUGAGACUGAAGGUGGUGUGAUGACUACCUUAAUUCCUGCCAACACAACGAUCCCUUGCAAGAAGCAGGAAACUUUCUCUACCGCCCAAGAUAACCAGCCUGGUGUGUUGAUUCAAGUGUAUGAGGGUGAGCGUGCCAUGACCUACCAGAACCACUUGUUGGGCAAGUUUGAGCUGUCCGGUAUUCCUCCUGCGCCCCGCCGAGUACCACAGAUUGUAGUCACUUUUGAUGUGGACGUGAACGGUAUUUUGAACGUAACGGCCACGGACCAAGCCACUGGAAACAAGAACAACAUUGUUAUCACCAACGACAAGGGUCGUCUGUCUAAGGCCGAAAUUGAGCGCAUGAUUAAGGAGGCCGAGCAGUACAAGGAACAAGACGAAAAGAUUCGCAAGACGGUUGAAGCUAAGAACAAGCUCCAGCACCUUGCUUACCAAGUCAAGUCAACCACCAAUGAAAGCAAAGAAAACACGAUCAGUGAGCAAGACAAGCAGAAGAUUCUGUCGGCUGUCAAUGACGUUGAGAAAUGGAUAGAGGACAACCCUACUGCAGAUGCUGAUCAAUUUGAGGCCAAGCACAACGAGCUUCAAUCCAUUGCGCAUCCCAUAUUUGGUAAGAUGUACGGUGGUGCAGGUGGUGCGAACCCAGACCCUGGAUCCUUCAAUAUGCCCAACUUCAAGAACGGCGCUCCUGGAGGAGAUGCUGGUGCAGGUGGAAAUUACUCCGGACCCACUGUUGAAGAAAUUGACUAAGAGGAAAUUUGAUCAUUUUAUAAAAAUUGCGUAAAUCUCUCAUAUUGAAAAAAG